UUAGUCUUUUAAUUUUGUGGAAAUGUUAGUAGCCAAGGAUGAUAUAAGUAUUAAAAAGGAACAGAAAGUUUGGUUGUUUUGCUGAAAAAAGACAUCCCUGCAACAUUUGAAUGGCGUUGACAGGAGCACAUAGUUUGAUCACGCUGCUGCUUCUACUGCUUAUCCAUCACGGCAGCAGUCAUGACGAAUACUGCAGAGAAUUGUCUUGUGGACCUGACGAACCGAUUGUUCAGUUUCCCUUCCAACUCGUUAAGGAAUCGUCACAAGAUCAAUGUGUUUAUCCUGAGUUUUGCCUAUAUUGUACUCCAAACAAGAACACCAUGAUGGUGCUCUCUACUACUUCAGGUCCAAUCAAAUUCCUUGUCUAUAAAAUAGACUACGAAUCAAACCGAAUUUCAAUUUCGGACCCAGAUGAUUGCAUUUCCGAAAAGUUUCUCAAACUUAUCAAUUCAUCAUUUCUACCUUACCGAUUUUAUUCAGAAUCAGAAACAACAAAAUUAUCUAUCUUCAAUUGCUCUUCGGUUAAGUAUAGACACCUGAGAAAUGAAGAUCAAUCAUCCUCAAUGUCACAAGACAUGAUCACCUGUCCAAUUUACCUUUCUAGGUCCUACGACAGUGUCCUUGCAUUGGACCUUGUAUCGUGUACCAAGAUGUUCGAUGUUUCAAUCAUAUCCGUGCAAGAAUGCGGAUCACCUUGGUCACUCAGUUUGAGUUGGUCCAAACAAAAUUGUACAGAGUGUGAAGCAAAAGGCAUGAAAUGCAAAUGGAAGAACAACUACACCAAAGGUGAAACUCAAUGUUUUGAUUGUAACAACAAACGGAAAACAAUCCAAAUUCCAAAAUCUCUUAUAUACAUCUCUGCAGGUUCGAUUCUUAUGGGUCUGGUUCUCAUCGCAUUAUUUAAGAUACAUCUGUAUUUUAGAAAGAAAGAAGAGGAUCAAGUUAGAGUUGAUAAGUUCUUAGAGGAUUAUAGAGCACAAAAGCCUACUAGAUUUUCCUAUGCUGAUAUAAAAAGAAUUACAAAUGGAUUUAAGGAAAAACUUGGAGAAGGAGCUCAUGGAACUGUGUUUAAAGGAAAGCUCUCGAGUGAGAUACUUGUGGCUGUGAAAAUGCUCAACAAUAAAGAGGGAGAAGGUAAAGAGUUCAUCAAUGAAGUGGGAAUUAUGGGCAAAAUUCACCACAUCAAUGUUGUUCGCUUGCUUGGUUUCUGUGCUGAUGGAAUCCACCGUGCUCUUGUCUACAAUUUGUUUCCAAAUGGUUCGCUACAGAGUUUCAUAUUUCCACCCGAUAACAAAGACAAUUUCAUUGGGUGGGCGAAGCUACAACAAAUUGCCAUUGGUAUAGCUAAAGGAAUCGAGUAUCUUCAUCAGGGUUGUAACCGGCCAAUCAUUCACUUCGACAUCAACCCUCACAAUGUUUUGCUAGACGACUCCUUCACUCCAAAAAUCUCAGAUUUCGGUCUCGCCAAAUUAUGUUCAAAGAAUCUUAGUGUUGUUUCCAUGACGGCUGCUAAGGGAACCUUGGGAUACAUGGCGCCUGAAGUUCUAUCAAGAAAUUUUGGAAAUGUGUCUCUUAAGUCGGAUAUUUACAGUUACGGAAUGUUGUUGCUUGAAAUGGUUGGGGGGAGAAAGAAUGUAGACAUGUCGUCAUCGGUAGAAACUUUUAAUGAUGUGUUAUAUCCAGAAUGGAUCCAUAACUUAUUGGAAGGAGAUGUACAUAUUCACAUUGAGGAUGAAAAUGAUGUUAAAAUUGCAAAGAAACUUGCAAUUGUUGGACUUUGGUGCAUUCAAUGGCAACCAAUAAACCGUCCAUCGAUAAAAAAUGUUGUGCAAAUGUUAGACACCGGAGAGGACAUCCAGUUAAUUGUGCCUCCUAAUCCUUUUCACUCGACAUCGUCCAUGACUGCUAAUGAUGAACACACUUUGGCAAGGAGAAGUUUCCAAAUGGAAGUCAUUCAAGAAUAAAGGAAGAUAAUCAUUGAUUAAAUUCAUCAUAAUAGGAAUGAGUUGAGAAUUUUUAAUUACAAGUCAUUUUAAUUGUUUGCAUGAGUAUAACUCAGUU